UGACGUCAAAACAUGCCAUUUUCAUUAUAUAAAUAGAACGAAGGAAGUAAUGGAUAUCGAGCUAGCAGAUCGAAUGAUAUAAAAGAAUAUGCCUGGAUACUAUGCUGACAAUGCAUAUAACAGAAGAAUCGGGAGAGCUGGGUUACUAAAAGGUAGCAUGCCAGUGUCACGGGAAGGAGUAUUUCUUCCACCGAGAACAUAUACUAAUAACUCUACUACAAGACUGGACCGGGAACUUUCACAGUUUGCCAGGAUAUCUGGAUUGUUGAACAGUUUUAGAUCAAGCGACAGUGACAGCGGCUUUAGUUCAUCUUUCUCAUCUACUUUUAGUUCACCUCGUCAAAACAAAUCACGUUCAGACGGCGGCACAUCUUUCAGUUCACCUCGUCAAAACACAUCUUAUGAUAGUGGUAUUGGAUCAUCAUUUUCUAGUCCUUUCAAUUCACCACAGAAAACUCCUGAUCGAAAUGAUGUAUCAUGGUUUGAUGAAUACAAUAAAUGGACAAAACUGAAGAUAACAGCGGAGGAAGAGAAAAUUGCAUCUAAACAUGAACAACAAUGGCAAGUUAUGAAUCUCACUGAUGCGAUAUUGAUGAGAGAACUUCAACAGUUACAGUUGGAAGAAAGAGAGAACUGGAAAAAAUUUAAAAUGAAGAUAGAAAAGGAAAAAGAAGAUAUAUGUCAAAAAAAUAAGCAUGAAGAUUUACAUAGGAAAAAAAAGAAAUUUUCUCUGAAUCUCGUGGAAUUACAGCAAGAGGAAAUUGAGAAGUGGACUAUGUGGCAGAGUAAAGUUGAAUAUGAAGCAAAAGAACGAAAGAAACUUCAAAAACAUGCUUGUGAAAUGAAUACGUCUGCAUCUGAAUUUCAGCAGUUUUGUCAGAGACCAAAAGAUGAAAUGUGGACGAGAUGGCGAAAUUCAACGGAUCUAGAUACGACAGAUAACAAAGGCCCUUACAGUUAUCAAGACUAUACUGGACCCGGGAUAAGGACGAAUCUAAAUUCACAGCAAGAGGAAAUUGAGAAGUGGACUAUGUGGCAGAGUAAAGUUGAAUAUGAAGCAGAAGAACGAAAGAAACGUCAAAAACAUGCUUGUGAAAUAAAUACGUCUGCAUCAGAAUUCCAGCAGUUUUGUCAGAGACCAAAAGAUGAAAUGUGGACGAGAUGGCGAAAUUCAACUGAUCUAGAUACGACAGAUAACAAAAGCCCUGACAGUUAUCAGGAUGAUACUGUACCCGGGAUAAGGACGAAUCUAAAUCCACAGAGACCAGCAGAUGAAACAUGGACAGGAUGGCGGAAUCCAAUGGAUCUAGACACGACAAAUGAGAUACCAAAUAACCAAGGCCCUUACAGUUUUUGUCAUCAGGAGAAUGUUGUGUCCGGAACAACGACGAAUGUAAAUUUACAGGCACCGACAGAUGAAAUGUGGACAAGAUGGCGGAAUCCAACGGACUUGGACACAACAAAUGUAAUGCCAAUUAACCAAGGACCUUAUAGUUAUCAGAAUAAUACUGUACCCCGGACAAUGACGAAUACAAAUCCACAGGAAUCAGACACAAUAUGGACUAAAUGGAGAACAAAUGAUGAGACCUGCGACACAACAAUUGUCAAGGAAGUGGAACAGAAAUCAGAAAAUGAUGUAUGGACUAGAUGGCGGAAUACAACCGACCUUGAAAAAACAGAACAAGAUCGUCAUUUUAUAAUAAUUGAAUAA